AUGAACGUGAUGAUGAUGGAUACCAACCAAAAGAUCGAUGACAAGGACAACAACAACAACAAUGAGAGGAUCAAACAGUUGAGAACUUUGGUGCAACUGGCAGUGGAGGAAUGUACACCUUGUGAUGCGAUUCUGCUGUCUGGUGGUGUCGACACUUCAGUGUUGGCCGAGACGAUCAAACAUUGCAACCUUACGCCACUCAAGACUGCCAUCACUGUGGUCUGCUCAAACGAGGCUCGCGACGGACACUACGCCACAGAGAUUGCCAAGCGUUGCCAGCUUGAGCAUCAUCUGCUAAACACAACAUUGGACGACCUGCUGGCCAAUCAUCUCGAGUUCGCCAUCAAGACAUUGCGCACAUUCGACCCGAUGGAGCUGCGCAACAGCAUCGUCAUCAGCAUGGCACUCAGGAAGGCACAGGAGCUGGGCUGUCGCACGGUCAUGACGGGCGACGCCGCCGACGAGCUGUUCGCUGGCUACACCUUCAUGCACAACUACUCCGAGGAGAAGCUGGCGGAGUACUCACAGCGCCUUACACGCAUCAUGCGCUUCUCCUCACGCAUCCUUGCCGCGGCAAUGGGCAUGGAGAUCCGCCAGCCCUACCUGGACGAUCGCGUGAUCGCCUUUGCCAAGGAGUGCACCAAGAGCGAGAAGAUCAACAUCCACGACGGCACCCGCCACGGCAAGUUCAUCCUGCGCCAGGCAUUUGAAGAUGUGGCCUACUCUGCAUGGCGUCUAAAGGAGCCGAUCGAGUGUGGAUCGGGCAGCACUGUGAUGCCCGCGCACCUUGCCGCCAAGCUCACUACCGAGGAGCUCGACAAGGAGAAGGAGCGUGUGUGGCUGGAAGACAAGAUCAAGAUACGUGAUGCCGAGCAUCUACAUUAUUACCGUGUGUUCCGCAAGCUGUUCCCUGUGGACGACUCCAAUGGCUAUCCUUCAUUGGUACGCUUUGGCGACGACCCAUGUCCAGCAUGCUCCUACCAAAUGACAAGCCGCGAGCAGAACUUUUGUGUCAUCUGUGGACAUUAUCCAGCGAGAUAG